GUUACACUGUGAAGACCUGCAGGAGUCUUCUCUCUCUCUCUUUAACUUUUGGAAUUUUCUUCUCUUGGAUGCGUUUGAGGAACAGAACGGCAACAACAAAAAAGAGUAAACCGAUGCGCCCCCCUCGCGCUUAUCGUGAAUCAUGUCACGCCGGAAGCAGAAGAGACCCCAGCAUCUUGUUAACGCCGAUCCGGGGGGCCCGGGAGUGCUUGCUCACGAUGAGCAUAUGGGCAUGAAGUCGCCAUCCACCUCACUUGGCUCAGAAGUCACUUCCUCUGGAUCUUCCGCAUCAUCCCCGACUUCGCUCCAAGACUGCCAGCCGCCCCUGGCCCCCCGCCCAUCCCCCGGUGGGCUCCACGCGCCCUCUUUGCCCAACGAGAGCUCCCCCCCUCCGCACUGGCCGAACCACAUUGCCCCCUUUGCCACUUCCCUCCCAAACACGCACUCCUCCCUCUCCCCCGACUUUCCUCACCCCUCCUUGUCCUCUCAGACUCAUUCGCCUCCCCCUUUGGGAAAGACCUCCGGCCCUCAAAUGCUGACACACCAAGGGAAUUCUCACUCCACCAUGACCUCCCCAAUGAUGGGCAGCUCGGCCACCACCACUACCUCAUCCUCGUCCUCUCUAUGUGUGCCCACACACUGUGACAGCGACAGCCUGGGUCAACACCAGGCCUCCAGCUUGCCAGGUCACCAGUUACAGGUGCCUCCCACCCUCGCUGUGCUCUUGGAGGAGCUUCGGGUUCUACAGCAACGGCAAAUACACCAGAUGCAGAUCACAGAGGAAAUCUGCAGGCAUGUUCUGCGACUUGGAGGUGCAGUGUUUGGGCAGGAUGCUAACACACAAGCUAGCGGUACUGAGAACAACCAGAAACCCAGUGGAGGGGCUUCGUCUCCGCCAGCACAUCUCACUACUGCUACAACUGUCACCACAGCGCCGUCGCUUUUAACCGGCAUUUCAUCGUCCCUCUUUUCACAGCUGCCUCUUUCCAAGCAAGGUGCCUCACAGGUAAACGGCAGCCGAACGCCAAUGUCCUCCACUUCCCCGGCUUCGUCUAUCUCCUCCAUGCCCAGCUCAUCUGUGGCCUCCCUUCACCCCCUGUCUUUGUCUUUGGGGAUACCACUGCGCUACCUCCACGAGAAGUCCGCCAACACCUCCUUAUUUGCCCGCACUAAUGGCAUCAGCUUCACCACGCCUCCCGUUCCCACAACCAGCCAUUCCCAGGACCUCGCCUCGCCGCCUUCCUCGCUAGGUUCCGCCUUGGGACGUCCCCAGCACGUAUGUCGUUUUUGCGGGAAGGUCCUGAGCAGUGACUCGUCACUGCAGAUCCAUCUGAGGUCGCACACCGGUGAGCGGCCCUACCAGUGUCCCGUCUGCCUAAGCCGCUUCACCACGCGUGGAAACCUCAAAGCUCACUUUCUGCGACACCGGGAGCAGAAUCCUGAGCUUUCCCUUUCCCUUCUUCCCCCGGCCCUAUCUGAGCAGACACAGAGCACCUCUGCCUCCGGCACCAUCCAAAGGAGGAGGAAGAGGCGAGCAGACGAUGAUGAGUCUUUUAACGGAGUGAAGGGCAGCAUUCCCGGAGUGACAGACAAUAUGGCCCUGGGAUUCCUUUCUGGUACAUCCAGUCGGCCUUCUGCUUCCUCUCUCCCUCUGCCGCCAACAGUGGACAUGGCACUGCUGUCCACUGCCCAUUCCCUGCUGCAGCUGAAUCGAGCUUCAGUUGCUGCCAGUGCACCGAGUUCUGUGCUGCCCUCUUCCUCUUCAUCCAUGGGAAGUCAGUACAAAGGAGCAAAGCAGCAGCGCUUUGACGAGAACACUCCUCCUCACUCGGCACUCCACGCGGCCACUUCCUAUUCCCAGCUUGCUCAGCUUCCCAAAAUUCUCUUUCCUGGAGGAACUUCCCCACACCAUCUGGCCCUCCUGCGACCAUCAGGCCACCCGUCCAGCCCUCACCUAACUUCAGCACAUCAGCUUCCCUUCUCCUUCCCUCCCUUCCCCAAGCCAUCCACCACUUCUCCAUCCUCCUCUCCUGCCACCUCCACUCAGACGUCAGACACUUCCAAGCUGCAGCGGCUGGUCCAGAAGCUUGAAAAGCAGCCACAAGGAGGGGCAUCGUCUUCUUCAUCUGCCCAGUCUUCCUCCAACUCUUCUCUCACCUUUUUGGAGGCUAAGGGGGAUACAAAUGGUCAUGACCACAGCACCAACUGUAGCGCUUAUCGCAGGGAAAUGUUAGCCGCUCUUGGCCUCAGUCCAAACACGGCAGGGCUAGCAAGUGGCCAAGGGGUCUCAGGUAGUAAUUCCACCACCGCCACUUCCACUCUGCCCACUGCGCAGGCUGCUAAUCAGUGCGGGGUGUGCCUGCGUGUCCUCAGCUGCCCUCGAGCCCUGCGCUUGCACCAGGCUACCCAUCUGGGAGAGCGUCCCUUCCCUUGUAAGCUCUGUGGUCGCUCCUUCUCCACCAAGGGCAGCCUCAGGGCGCACCUAGCCACGCAUCGGGCAAGGCCACCCAACUCCCGAGCGCAAAACUCGUGCCCGCUGUGUCCACGCAAGUUUACUAACGCCUUGGUUCUUCAGCACCACAUCCGCCUGCACCUCGGAGGGCAAAUCCCGCCCGAUGAAGACAUGCCAGUAGAGGAUAGUACAGAAACAGGGACGGCAAUCUUUGAUGACACAAAAAAUGAUUCACCAUCCACAGUUGGACAACUCCUACCACUGGCUCUUACAAAAUCUUCUGCUUCUAAGACAGCUCCUGAUGUAAAGACAGAAGAAUCUGGGAGUUCCACACCCAGCGUCAGCCCACCACCCACCAAUAAUCCCCACUCAGCAGGACUCGGGGACUCCCUGGUUUUGAAAAUCAACAACUUAGACGGUGGGUGUCCCCUGAACGGCUCCACAUUCCCACAAGAGGAGGCUCCCCAAGCUGACCUUGGCAGCCCUUUUAAAGCCCCCUUGACAAGCCCUCAUUCAGCUGCAGUUAAAGAAGAAGACACCCCUCUCUCCUUAUGUGUUUCCAAGCAUGACGUACAGACACAUGACGCUAACAGCCCCACGCCAAAAAUAAAUCCCAUACCUGCACUCAUCUCCACUGCCAGCCCGGGGGCUGUCUGUGAUGUUCAGGAGGCUAACGGCAAUGUCCAACACAGCCCAGGUGUGCAAGAUGUCAUCCAAAUUCAAAGAGGAGAAAAGAACAUAUCCACAGCAGACCCAGUGAAAGAGACUUCAGAAAUCCCAGAGCCCCCUGCUGCAACACCUGGGCCGCAUUCUCAGCACCCCCGUCCGGAUAAACCCUACAGCUGCUCCCAAUGCGGGAAGGCCUACGCCAGCCGUAGUGGACUUAAGGGCCACAUGAAAACUCACCCUAAUGCCUACGCCAAGCCUCAAAUCAAUGAGAGCAAUUUAGCCGAGGAUACCAGCUCCAAGAUCCUGGAAGAGAAGCAGGAAGGGAAAGAAGGCAGUAGCGACCCAGAAGCAAGCACUGGUUGUGACAAGGCCGGUGAGCUAUUGGAUGCCACUGCUUAGGAAAGAAGAUAGUUUGGACUGUCAUUAAACUCGUCAUAGAAAUAGUUUGUGUUGUAGUUGAUGCUGCAGGAUUUUUGGAAAUGUAAAACACAACUUGUCGUCUUAAAAAAAACUGUACUUCAAAACUCACAGUGAGGCCUUAUUUUAUACACCGUUCCUUCUAAUGGUUGCUGUGAACACUUGGGGUGUAACGGGACGCCAUAAAACCCUGGUUUCUUUUUUAGGUAAGCACAACAACGCAGACGAGUACAAUAUUUGAACAGUGUGAAGAAAUAUUUUAUUUUUAUUAAAGUUAUUGAAUAAAGUGCUACGUCACACUAAAUGAGGGUGCGUCGCAACGGCGUACACCAAAUGUUCCCCAUUUAAUGUGUAUUGUGUGGGAAAUCGAACAAUCCAAUUCUGACUCCAAAGACCGUUACACCCCUAUUGAUCACAAAGGCUGACCUCCAUACCAAAACAGGCCAUAUUUCUAAUGGUCCACAUUUGUAAAUAUGACAACAUUUGCUCUCCUUUUGGACUUUUUUGUGAAAUGUGCUGCUGCUGACUGCACUGUGCUGCCACGCUAGCAAUAUUGACCACGAUGGCGAUGAAUGUGUAGCCACAAAUGACUUGACUGGUGACGAUUGUCCAUGGUUGCCCAGGUAACCUCCAGGGUUGCUCAAAGGAAGAAAGGGCACAGUACAUUAGUGCCCACCUGUCCGACGGGCCCCCAUUCUUCUUUCACUCAAAGUGUGAAAGUUAUCGCUGCAUCCAUGCUUAGUGUAAUGUGGAUGUUUUUGUUGUUGUUGUUGUAGCGAUGCCACAAAGUUUGAGCCUUGUGUUUGAAAACAAA